AUGACAGACAAAGAGAAAGCAUCACCGGGGAGGCACAAGAAUAAGUCACGAUCUUCUGGAAGACCCCCCAGACGAUCGAAAACAAGAGAAGCGGGCGAUGAAGAUCCUUCCGAAUCAUCACAUGCAUACGACCAUGAAUCGAGCGAGAGAAGUGCUGGAGCUGGUCGUAAAUCGACACCUAGAUCCGAACCAAGAUCACCAAAGAAAGAUCGUGAGCGAUCCCCGCGCAGAUCUCCGAGACGAUCGAAAGCAAAAGGAGCUGACGAUGAAGAUCCGUCCGAGUCAUCCCACCUUGAGUCAAGCGAGAGAAGCAAAGGUACUGGUCGUAAAUCAACGCAUAGGUCAAGAUCACCAAAGAAAGAAUCUGGGCGAUCCCCUCGCAGAUCUCCUACUACUAGGCGAUCGAAAACACGAGGAGGAGCUGAUGAUGAAGAUCCUUCCGAAUCAUCCCACCUCGAGUCAAGCGACGCUGGAAAUGCUCGUGAGCUCCGUAGUAAACCAGAACAAAGAUCACCAAAGAAAGAAUCUGGUGAUCGCAGAAAGGAACGAAGCGCUACAAGAGCCACCAGGCCGGGCGCUCUUCCUGAUAUUCCUGAUUUGAAUGUUACUAAUGGAACCAGCAAUUCUGGUGGCCGUAGAAAAGAACGAAGCGCCGCCAAGAAGGCCUCCAGGCCUGGUGCUGUUCCUGAGACUGAAGACAGUAACUCUGGCGGUCGAGAAAAAGGGCGAAGGUCUACCCAAGCUUCUAAUCCAUCAGGUGCUGUCUUCGACGAUCCGAUGACUCUGCGCGCACGACGAAAAGAAGAAAGGGCUGCCAAUAACUCUUCGACUCAAUCAGGAGGACCAACUUCCAGCACGGGGGUUUGGCUCGAGGCGACAACCGUGGAUGGUAACCCAGAGGGAAAACAAGUGGAUCAAAUGAGACGUGAAAUAGAAGAACUCAACGAGCGACUGGCGGAACGCGAAGCAAGUGGUGAUAAUGAAAAUGAAGACGACACAAACGAAGAAAAACGAAAGAAGCGGAAAAAGUGGAUCAUCAUUGUUGUGAUUUGCGCAUUAUUUCUGAUAGUAGCGGGGGUCAGUACUUUCUUUGCUCUCAGUAAGGAUGAAACUACUGAAGGCGCUACGACUGCAAAUGAAGAAAAAACCAACGAUCCGAACAAUAAUGGCAAUGCCGUUGUAUCAAGCGCACCCACAAGUGCUGCUUCCAAUGGUCCAACCGAAACUCAGAUAUAUGAACCACCCAGUGAAGACGACUGCCUCGCUAUUUCCAGGAAUGAAACCAUCGCUGGACAGGCAGACUUGGAUCAAAUAGAGUUUGACAUGGCCUUUGAUGUCACUUUGGAAACGGAUGGUGAUAUUGCCGAACAAGAAGUGCAAUCACUUUUGGAUGCUAUUCAAGAGAAGCUUCUUCCACCAUUGGCUGGCUGCCCUAGCCCAACAAUAAAUCGAAGAGGGCUUCUAACCAAGAGCGAACAACCAAUGAUAAGAGGUGUCAGGCACAGACAACUUGCAAUUGGGGAGAAUCGAUUUGUGAUUUUCAAUGCAUUCGUCACGGGCCGAGAGGAUCCGGAUACGAUGUGCUUGAACACUCUAGGUUCGAACUUCUGCCAUAGAAUCGUGGUGAAGGUAUCUGCCCUUUUGAAAGGGCCAGUCCAGAUGUUGGAUAUUGUUUUUCUGACCUCUGAAACGCUGAAAGAGGAGGAUCCAGACGAUGGCAACUGGAAAGUUGCAUUGGGAUUGGGCAAUCCAUUCUCCGAGGUACUCUUGAUCAAUAUCGAUAAUCAAUCCACGACAACUGCUCCGGCUACAACGCCGCCUAUUGUUCCUGGAGAAACCCCAUCACCGACUCCAAUACUCGAGGGCACAUCAAACCCUACUCGAAUGCCAGCUCUAGGUUCGACAUCACAAUUCCCAAGCUUUUCACCAUCAAUAGUAACACCAAUUCCAUCAGUGAACCCUUCCGCGGCCCCCGCUGCUGGUCCGACACCUCCUCCAUCUGCAAUUCCAAGCAUCUUGCCAUCCGAUGCGCCAAGUCUACGUCCGUCAUCCUUACCAUCUUCAUCACCUACACUGGCUCCAGUCGUCGGGCCAACACCUCCGCCAACCUCACUACCGACAGCGGCACCCUCGGCGGUACCAUCAUCUUCACCAUCAAAAACAACAUCCGCACCAAGUUCAGUUCCAAGUUCGGUUCCAAGUUCAGUUCCCAGUUCCGAUCCAUCAUCAGAACCAACAUUAGCACCAACUUUUGAACCAACAAAUUCCCCGACAAUGACACCAACGGCGACCCCAACAUCUUCUCCGACAGUGACACCAACACAGCAACCGUCAACGUCACCAUCUCUUUCUCCCACAGUAUCCCCACAAUGCUUUCAAACCAAUGCUGAUCUCAGCAGCGGAGUCAGCAAUUGGUUUGGUACUGCAUUGCAAAAGUCAUCAGUCGAGAACACAUAUGGUCCGAUCGGGAACUGGUGUUUUGGUCCAGGUGUGACCAGUAUGGAAGAACUCUUCCAAGGUAAAGAUACAUUCAAUGAAGACAUUUCAAACUGGGAUGUAUCCUCUGUCACAGCGAUGAAUUCAAUGUUCUUUGGCGCAUCAGCGUUCAACCAAGACAUUUCAUCAUGGGAUGUUUCGUCUGUUAUCGAAAUGAAUUUCAUGUUCUUCGAUGCGGGAGCCUUCAAUCAAGAUCUAUCAUGGGAUGUGUCUUCGGUGACUGCAAUGGGUUUCAUGUUUCACAGUGCAGCUUCCUUCAAUGGAAACAUACAAUCUUGGAAUGUUUCAUUGGUUACAGCUACUUGGGCAAUGUUCUUUGGAGCAUUAGCUUUUGAUCAAGACUUGUCAUCAUGGGAUGUCUCCAAAGUUGAAGUCAUGGAUAACAUGUUCCGAGAAGCAACGUCUUUUAAUCAAGACAUUUCAUCUUGGGAUGUUUCUUCUGCCAUUAACAUCGCACGAAUGUUCCAAGAUGCAACAUCCUUUGAUCAGAAUCUUUGUGCAUGGGGCUCGCGUCUUCCGAUCACUACAUCUACCUUUCUAUUUGCCAGCGGCAGUAAGUGCCCUUUUCAAUCGGAUCCAAGCUUCUCUUCGGGUUCAGCAGGCCCAUUUUGCUACGAAUGUGUCUAA